UGAUGGGUCUCAAAAAAGUUAUCGAUAAUAUGAUUGAGAGUACUUAAGAUAUGUAUUCUGCGGGUUCUCCACAUCAGAUUCAAGUGUAGACAUCUGGAAGUCCUAGUAGCAAGAACAACUCAAAGAGUUCCUAUCACUAAAGAGCAUGGGGACCUCAGAUAAACUGACAAUGCAGAUGUUAGAAACAGAACCACAUUUUGCCAUGAUUCCAAGAACACUCUCACCAAUACUACCAUCAAAGUCUAGAAUGGAGAGAUCUCUUGAGUUUGGAUCGCAUAGUAGUGAUAGCGGUGUGGGUCAGGAUUACAGUGGAAGACCUGCUGCGGUGUCAGAGCAGAUACACAGCCAGACAGGCGUCAAGUUGCCAGUGAAGCAUGUCACCUCAUCGGGAACACAGCAUGGGUCUCUCCUUGAGAGAUACCUCGUCCACAGUCACUCUAAGUGCAUCGCCUGCAGGGACUGUGGGAUUUUCUUUUCCCUCGAUGCCUUCUUGGCCCACAGUCACGACAAGCAUGGCAGGAAGCGCCACCGUCCCCAAGCAGACUUCCUAGAACUUGACACGGAGAAUCCGGGCUCCCAGCAACUGAGGGUUUGGGAGGAGUUCCUCACUACAACGGGGCAGAAAGCCAGACCAGCUGGGUCAAGUGUAUCAUUUGCCAUGGAUGUUGGUAACAGAAAAGGAGAGCGCUUUCUUGACUCAUCCAGCAGAAACCAGUUAUCAGUUGAGAGGCCAGCAAAUUAUCCAACCGAUGAACUCUCGAAUCAUGUCAGUGCCCCUGUAUCUGAUUUUGACAAAAGUGUAAGAGACACUGUAAAUGCCUCUGAACGGCUGCUCAGGGAGACCUCCCAGUACCUCCACUCCUCGGCAGAAAAACUGAGGCACAGGAGGCAAAAGUCCUUAAGAAAUUACCAACUCCGUCCAACUGUUCUCCUGCCAAACAAUGAUGUUACGAAUGAUAGUACAUCCUCUGCUGGACAUGUUCAACCUGUAAUCAAAGACACACUUGCCUCCAGCCAAAACUCCAAGAGGCCAAAUCGAAAAUUCCUUGAGAAGUACUUGGAGAAGAGCAAAGAUAGUUUUCAGCUUCUCACAGACUCGUUGGCAUCCAAGUCGGCAUCGAAGUCUGAAUCCUCAUUUGGACUCGAUAGCAGAAUGAAUACAGAGUAUCCGCAGCAGGAAUCUCUGAGUAUGGAGAGCGAAGAAAUUAAAAGGGGCGUGGUCAAGCAUGGUGAGAGAGGAGGAGGCGAUGCAGACAGACAGGUUGUCAGUCGUGUUUCUCCGAGGCCGAUCAGUCCUGACAAGACCCCUCAUGGAAAGAGCAUCAUUCUCCAAGAACACUUUGAUCGAAAUGAUCCCUUAUUUAUUGUUCAGACGGCUCAGGAAUUGCUGACGCUGGCAGCUCACAAAAUGCAAGAACGACAACAAAACAGUCCAGGUGGAAUAGACUGGCAGAAGAGGUAUGAAAUGGAGAAGGAUCUGAACCGAGAGAAAGACAAGAGAAUAAGGGAACUUGAAGGACUUUUGAAGGAGGAGCAAAGGAAACGGCAAGACAUUGAGGUCCAGCUCAGGGCGAUACGUCUGCAAAAGUUGUAGGACUAUUCUCUGUUGUUCAUUAGUUUGUCGCUUGUUAAAACACUAACUGCUUCUGUUUCCAUGGGACCAGGAAAACUUCACAUAGUGUUUCCCCUUACUCAGCAUUUUUCACUUUACUGUAAAAAAAGU